CUUGCAACUCGGGCUCAUAUAUAUGAGCGACGACAAACAAACUGUGUGAUGAGUGCACAAGCGAAUGCUGAUAGACAAUCACUGUGUUUCGUGCAAUGUUCUACUUUCUGCUACCACUUAUUGUUCUACUGGCCGGUGGAAUCAACGGACAACAGUAUGGCCAAUGCGACUUCUCCCAAGAUCUGCUGCCGGACAAAGAAUAUUACAUUUACAAUCCAGAGUACCCUCAAGACUAUACGUAUCAAACCUCCUGUCGAUGGGUCCUGAAGAGCAAUCUGCCAAUUAAAAUCUCUUGCGAUCCAUUUGACGUGGCUCCUUCCAGUCAAUGCAGCAAAGACGCGAUUACGAUAAAACAAUACGGCGAAAAAAUUGGUCACCGUUACUGCGGGAGAGGGAAUCUUAAUUUACUCCUCAAAACGCCCACAUUGACCAUCACUCUUUCAACCUCGCCGGAAACCACAGGCGGCAAAUUUCUUUGUGUUGUAAAAGCCCAGACUCCCGACGAUGACAAUUCGGACUGCAAGUGCGGUUGGAAGAAUGCCGAGAGGAUAGUGGGAGGCCAAGAAACAGGAGUCAACGAAUUUCCCAUGAUGGCAGGUGUGGUCGAACUCUCUCGAGCGUUCGUCUACUGCGGUGCAACAAUUAUCAAUGACAGGCAACUGCUGACCGCAGCUCAUUGCGUGCUCAACAGAGACCCCUCAAAAAUUGGAAUUUUAAUCGGUGACCACGAUCUUAGCAAGGGUUCUGAAACCAACGCUUCGAAGGUACUCCGAGUUGAUACUUACGACAUUAAUCCUUUCUACAAUAAUCUUACUUGGGAAAAUGACAUUGCCAUCAUAACAGUUGAGAAAUAUAUUGAGUUCAGUCAGCGAGUCGGUCCCGUUUGUCUUCCAUUCCAACAUUCGCCUGAUACAUUUGCUGGGAGUCCAGUCGAAAUUUUAGGUUGGGGCCUCACACAACCCGUCGACUCAGUAGCAACUGUAUUACAAAAAGCGCAAGUUACCGUUAUUACGAAUGCUGCAUGCAGACGGUACCAUCCGAGGGUGACACCAGCGCAGAUGUGCACUCAGGAAGAUGACAAAGAUUCUUGCCAGUUCGACAGCGGCGGUCCAGUUUUAUGGCAAAACCCGUCGACUCGUCGACUCGUAGAAGUCGGGAUUAUCGCUUCUGGAGGCCCUUGCGCUAAUGGCGAACCAGUUGAAAAUACUCGAGUUGGUGCAUACAUCGAUUGGAUCGUCGAUCUCACUCCUCCAGGAUGGGAAUAUUGCAUGAUUGAGUAAACUGGGUGACUCUCCGGACAAAAGCUCAACGAGUAAUCGCGCACGAAUCUCCUUUGGACAGUUUCAUCGCGAAUCGUUGAGAUACAUUUUAACUGGUGAUUUUACUCUGAAUAAACGGUUGAGAAUGCACCAUGAAAAUUGAGAAAUUAACGAUGGAAGCAUCCUAAAUAAAUGUGAUCAACAACUA